AUGUCGAAAGGAAAGAUCAUGAUAACCGGAGCGACCGGCUACAUCGGCUCCGCGAUCCUUGUCGCGGCUCUGCGCUCAGGUUACACGGCAAACGUCGUGGUCCGCAGCGAGGCCAAGCGCGAGCAGGUCGCGACCGCGCCAGCCCUACUCGCCGCCGCUCCAGGCAACGACGUCAACGCCGUGUGCCAAUUCUUCACGGUUCCCGACCUCGCGGCGAAGGGCGCGCUGGACGCGGCGACGCGCGGGUGCGACUACGUGAUCCACGCGGCGUCGCCCAUCCCGUUCGUCGAGUGCGCGCCCGAGGAGCAGCGCGCCACCAUCCUCGAGCCGGCCGUGGCGUGCACUUUGUCGGCGCUGGAGAGCGCAAAGGCAGCAGGCGGAACAGUCAAGCGCGUCGUGUGCACGUCUUCCAUCGGCGCCUUCGUGGAACCCGCCAUGCUGGGGUCCGAGUGGGCGCCGCCGGCGGCAGGCCAGAACGUCUACGUCAACGAGGCCUCGCUGCAGCCGGACCGCGAGCCGCCCUUCGUGGACAUGGCGACGGCGUACUGCGCGAGCAAGACGGCCGCGCUGCGCCGCAGCCUCGAGUGGAUGGAGCGCGAGGGCGCGCAAAACGUCGGCUUCGACCUCGUCGCGCUCGGCCCGGCCUACGUGUGCGGCCGCCACCCGCUCGCCGCUUCUACCAAGGACCUGUGGGCCACGAGCAACUGGCGCUUCUUGCGUCUGUUCGCUGCAGGCAAGCCCGAGCCCGGCGCCGUCGCGCCGCCGCCUGAGGCGGCUUGCGGCACGCACAUCGACGACGUGGUUGACUUGCACCUGAUGGCCCUGGACCGCGAGAAGAUCAAGACGAAGGCUGAGGGCGAGCCCGGUGCGGGCACCGAGUUUUUCACGACCGGCGUCGACAUGCGCUGGGAGGAUGUGAACGAGCUGACGGCGAAGCUGUUCCCGAAGGAGGUCGAGGCGGGCAUCUUGCCGAAUGGUGGGUACGCGGGGACGUACAAGGAGUUGAAAUUUUACAGCGACAAGGUCGAGAAGGCGUUCGGGAUCAAGUUGAAAGGGCUGGAAGAGAUGGUGGGCAGUCUCGUGCCGCAGUACCUGGAACUAUUGGAGAAAGAGAAAUAG